UGCAACUCGGGACUUCAACUCGGCAUCACAUGCCGCAAGCUGGCCAUGUCCUCGGCAGCUGGGGGUGCUGGCGGAAAGGCAGUGAUUGCACAGAACUUCCCAGCUGCAUGGGUAGCUCCAUCAGCGCUUGAGGUUCUGCCGCAGAAGGUGCAGAGUCUUCUGCAACGUCUAGGACCUUUGGAGGGACCACCCGUCAUCUCUCAGAGCCUCAAUGGACUGCAGGCCUUGGCACGCUUCCAGAGUGCAAGUGAUGCCAGAGCCGCAGUCCAAACACUGCAUGGCUUUGACAUGCGCUCAGCUGCCGAAAAGCAGGCAGCCAACAAUGAGGCUCCAAAGGAGAGUGAAUGCUUCAGCCUCCAAAUUGCGGACGAUGUAGGUGCGCCAAAGCCGAUACGCAAGCGUAAGCUGAAGGCCAACGGAAUUUUUGUGUGGCCGCUGCCAGAGAGUUGGGCUGAGAAGGACGUGGAGUUGUUGGCCUCGCCCUAUGGUGCAGUGCUGCGAACUAGAGUAGAAGGAAUCGCAAAUGGUCAGAGAGGUGUCCUGAUCGAUUUUCAAACGCCAAGCGCAGCGGCGGCAGCACAGACAGGCCUGAAUGGUUUGUCUCUCAUGGGAGCCCAGCUGCGCUGUGUCAUGCAGGAAGAGCCAGAAGCCGCCAAGCCCCUGAUGAUGUUCAUAUCGUACUUGGAUGAGCUGGCUAUGCCAUCACUUCCUCAGGAGGUAGAGCCAAAGCUGGACGAUCGAGAGAUUUUUGUCACGCACUUGCCUCCAAAGGCCAGCAAUGAGGAAGGUGUGAGAUUUCUACUUGGGAACUUUGGUGAAGUCGAUGAGGUCUUUUUGCUUCGCGACCCACAGCAGAGACCAGCUGGAAAGGCCUAUGUUCGAUUCAAAAGCCAUUCAGAUGCUGAGAAGGCCCUGGAGGCAGUGCGAAGCUCCAGCGAUGGGGCAUCCAAGGCGUCCUGGUCAGAGUCUGAGCGUGCUUUGCGAGGUACCCGGGGAUCAUAUGGACUCAAUGUGCUUCGGCAUAUGUCGGGGGCCAAUGGCGCCAGACUGAAGGAGAUUUGCAAGGCGGCUGCAGCAGGGUCGCUGCAAUUGGAGAUUGUCAAUCUUAGCCUUGACAAGAGCGGCAGUGAGAACGGAGGUGACUGAGAUACGGGAUCUGGAGGCAGCGAGAGAGGUGAUGAAGCUCUGCACCGGCGUGUGCUGCUGGAAUUCGGCGCAGGGGAUGCGAGGGAACAAAGGUGAAGGUGGUG